UUUGGAUACCGAGAGAGGAAUUAGAUCCCGUAUUUUCAGAAAAAUUAAUUAGACAACCAUAGAAUAAAAGAUCAACAAUUAUUAUUUUACUUGAUUAAGUCUCUGUAAUCAUUGUAAUUUAAAUUAAUCAAUAAAUUAAUUUAUAUUUUUAUAUUAUACAUUAAAAAAAUAAAGAAAGUUGUAGAGCGAAAGAAAAGUGUGAGAACGUUUCUGGGAAGCUCUAGAAGACGAACCGCUUUGUAUUUGACAGACAGAAAGUGUUGUGAGUGUGUUUGUGUGUCUCUUUCUCGCUUUGUGAUCUCAAAUAAUCAAUCACAGUUCAAUUUUGCGUUUUCUCUUCCACAUUGUGCUGUUGCUCUCAGGAUGGCAGAACCUGCAUAUACUGUGGCAUCUGACAGUGAAACCACUGGGGAAGAAAAGUCGUUGCCUUUACCUGAAAUAGCGAUUGGAAUUGAUAUUGGCACCUCACAAUGCAGUGUUGCUGUGUGGAAUGGUUCCCAAGUGGAGCUUUUGAAAAACAAAAGAAAUCAGAAGCUUAUGAGAUCAUAUGUGACUUUCAAAGAUGAAUCCCCUUCUGGUGGAGUUAGCAGUCAACUCUCCCAUGACAUUGAUAUGCUGUUUGGAGAUACAAUUUUCAAUAUGAAACGCCUCAUUGGUAGAGUUGAUACUGACCCUGUAGUCCAUGCAAGUAAAAAUCUCCCAUUUUUGGUGCAGACAUUGGACAUUGGCGUUCGACCUUUUAUCGCUGCAUUAGUGAACAAUGUUUGGAGAUUCACCAGUCCGGAAGAAGUUCUUGCAAUGUUUCUUGUGGAAUUAAGACUAAUGACUGAAACUCAUCUGAAACGACCGAUAAGAAAUGUAGUGCUGACAGUUCCGGUUUCAUUUAGUCGUUUCCAGCUGACUCGAGUAGAGCGUGCUUGUGCGAUGGCUGGUCUACAUAUUCUCAGGCUGAUGCCUGAACCAACAGCAGUGGCAUUGUUGUAUGGACAUCAACAACAGAAAGUUUCUCAUGAAACCAUGGGCAGUGGAAGUGAGAAAAUUGCUCUGAUUUUCAAUAUGGGCGCUGGUUAUUGUGAUGUUGCUGUGACUGCUACCGCAGGAGGAGUAUCCCAGAUAAAAGCCUUGGCAGGAAGUACCAUUGGUGGAGAAGACUUGCUUCAGAAUAUGAUGCGCCAUCUGUUACCAGAUUCUGAAAAUAUAUUCAAGAGUCACGGCGUCAAAGAGAUUAAAUCAAUGGGAUUGCUUCGAGUUGCUACGCAGGAUGCAAUUCAUCAGCUUUCUUCUCAAACUAGUGUUCAGGUUGAUGUAGACUUGGGAGAUGGUUUGAAGAUAUGCAAGGUUGUUGACAGGGCGGAGUUUGAGGAAGUUAACAGAGAGGUGUUUGAAAAGUGUGAACGCCUUAUCAUCCAGUGUUUACAUGAUGCAAAGGUAGAAGUUGAGGAGAUAAAUGAUGUGAUAAUUGUUGGUGGAUGUUCUUAUAUACCAAGGGUGAAGAAUCUUGUUAGCAACAUAUGUAAAGUAACAGAAUUUUAUAAAGGUAUUAAUCCUUUGGAAGCUGUUGUUUGUGGUGCUGCGAUGGAAGGAGCUGUUGCUUCAGGCAUAAUUGAUCCCUUUGGAAACUUAGACUUGUUAACGAUUCAAGCCACACCUCUUGCCAUUGGAAUUCGAGCUGAUGGGAACAAGUUUGUCCCUGUAAUUCCGAAGAACACCACAAUGCCAGCGCGUAAGGAUAUACUUUUCACAACGAUUCAUGAUAAUCAAACCGAGGCAUUGAUUCUUGUCUACGAAGGCGAGGAAAAUAAUGCAGAACAAAAUGCUUUGUUGGGAUAUUUCAAGAUCAUGGGAAUUCCUCUAGCACCAAAAGGAGUUCCUGAAAUCAAUAUAUGCAUGGACAUAGAUGCCGCAAACGUGCUUAGAGUUUUAGCUGGUGUUGUGAUGCCUGGAUCCCGUGAACCUGUGGUUCCUGUUAUGGAAGUGAGAAUGCCGAUGGUUGAUGAUGGGCAUGGUUGGUGUGCUGAGUCUCUAAAUAGAACCUAUGGUGCCACAAUGGAUUUGGUUACUCUGAAGAAGGCAUAAAGUGAUAUCCAGCAUCAUUGUACCUUUCUUUUAAUUGUAUUCUAUGUUUCAGUACCUUUUUUUAGUUGUAUUCUAUGUCUCAGCAACAUAAGUUUAUUUAAUGUCUGUAAUAUAAUAAAUGGAAAUAAUGUAUAAAAGACUUUAUCUCUAAAUUCUAAAGCAUAUUGUGAUGUCAAUUAUCUUA